AGUGAAUGUGAGGGUGUUGAGUGAAAGAUGUCAUGGGAUUAUUUAACAAAUUUUUGACUCACUGCACUGUGAAAGUGUUCUAAAAGUUUGUGCUUGGGUACUCUGGAAAGUCAAUGUGAAAGAGAAAAUUUGCUAUAUUAAAAUUUAGUGAUGGAUCAAAUAAAGGAAGAGUUGAUUAAGGCUGAUCCAUUAAGUACCUGGUGGCCCUAUAUUCUUGCCUUUGUGGUUGGAAUUGUUGUGACUGUGAGAGGCAUUAUGGGAGGACAAAGGUGUCCGUCUGAGAAUAAAAUUGAUGGUCUUGUGGUCGUUAUGACGGGUGGAACGGGUGGAAUUGGAUGGGAGGUGUGCAAGGAGCUCUGUGCCAGAUCAGGACAUCUUAUAUUGGCCACCAGAAACAUGGAAAAGGCGGAUAAGAUGAUUUUGUCACUGAAGAAGGUGCAGCCAAAUGCUAAAAUUGAGGCAAUUUACAUGGAUCUCAAAUCAUUUGACUGUAUCCGUCGUUUUGUUAGGACAAUUGAAUCAAAAUACAAUCAUAUUGAUAUUUUGAUUAAUAAUGCUGGCCUAAUGUUCCAUCCAUAUGAAUUAACAGUGGAUGGGUUUGAGAUGCAUUUGCAGUGCAAUUAUCUAGGUCACUUCCUUCUCACCAUACUCACAUUGCCGCUGUUGCAGAAGUCACGACAGGGACGAAUAAUUAAUGUUUCAGCUCAUGCACAUACGACGGCGAAAAUGGAUUACGAGGAUCCACUGAAUGUUGGUCCAUGGGCCAUGGCGUAUCAUCCUCGGGAUGCCUUUGCACAUGCAAAACUCGCAAAUAUUCUCAUGACGCGCUACUUGGCUACACGUGUCUGUUGCGACACGAAUGUCACGGUGAAUUCUCUUACACCUGGCCUUGUGCGUGGAACAGGACACCUCGACAGCUCACCAAUCAUGAGGGCAAUUUGUGCUAAAGUCAUCACAUAUCCUUGGAUGUGGCUCUUCAUGAAGACACCUUCCCAAGGCGCCCAGACGACCAUUUAUCUGGCAACAGAGCCAAAACUUAAGAAAGUUACUGGAAAGUUUUUCAACGAUUGCGAAAUUGUGGAAUCGUCUGAAUUGAGUCGGGAUGAUAAAUUGGCGGAGAAGCUUGUGAAGGAGAGUCUCAAAGCCGUAAAAAUUGAAAAAUUGAAGCAGUAGCAAUGGAUUAGGAGAAAUGGAUUUAAACGAAAUGAAAUAUAUUGAUUAUCUGAUUUCUUUUUUAUUAUAAUUUUUUUCUUUUAUAAUUCUUAUAGUCUUAUUGUUUACAUUACGUAGCAAUCAGUUGUUUUCUGCGUAAUCUCUGAAAUGUUAUUUUUACAUAUUUCUUUUGAAAAUUCUAUAUGGUGAAUUGUGCAUAAAAUUCUUA